CGGAUUAGGGCGGGAGGCGGCCCCACACCCCACAGGGCGCAGGUCCGUGGGCGGGUCCCGGCGCGGGGCGCAGCGGGCAAGGUCCUGUCGGCCAUGGGACCCGCGGCGGAGAGCGGACGCGCCGCGCCGGCCGCCAGGAACUGUUUGCCGGUUCUACUCGCAGUAUGCUCGCUACUGACGACUUGGGAAGUAAAGGCAUCAAACGCCUUUAAACCUAACAUUCUGCUGAUAAUGGCAGAUGACCUUGGCAUCGGGGACCUCGGUUGCUAUGGGAACAAUACACUGAGGACGCCAAAUAUCGACCGGCUGGCAGAGGAAGGUGUGAGGUUCACGCAGCACCUGGCGGCCGCCCCUCUUUGCACCCCGAGCAGAGCCGCAUUCCUCACUGGGAGGCACUCCAUCAGGUCAGGCAUGGACGCCAGCGAUGGAUACCGGGCCCUGCAGUGGAACGGGGGCUCAGGCGGACUCCCCAAGAAUGAAACCACGUUUGCCAGCAUCCUGCAGCAGCAAGGCUAUGCAACCGGCCUCAUAGGUGCUCAUACUCAUAGACUCUUCGGCCAUCAGGAAGAUCAAGGAUCUGAAGAAUCUGUUUUCCUACAGGGGGGAGACAGUCACAUGUCAGAACCACAGUUUGGUGCCCCAUCCAUCCGAGGAAAAUGGCACCAGGGCGUGAACUGUGAAUCCCGCACAGACCACUGCCAUCACCCACUGAGCCACGGAUUCGACUAUUUUUACGGCAUGCCUUUCACGCUCGUGAAUGACUGUCAACCCGGCAGACCCCCAGAAGUGGAUGCCCACACGAGAGCCCAGCUCUGGCAUUACACCCAGAUGAUGGCCCUGGGGCUACUGACCUUUGCUGUUGGCAAAGCCUGCCGGUUAAUCUCCAUUCCCUGGAAGGCGGUCAUCGGCGCGGCCAGCUUCGUCUUCCUGUUCUUCGCCUCCUGGUACGCCAGCUUCGGUUUCGUCCGUCGCUGGAAUUGCAUCCUAAUGAGAAACCAUCGCGUCGCCGAGCAGCCCAUGGUUUUGGAAAGAACAGCGAGUCUUAUGUUACAGGAAGCCGUUUCCUACAUCGAAAGAAAUAAGCACGGCCCUUUCCUGCUCUUCAUCUCCUUGCUACACGUGCACAUCCCCCUUGUCACCACAAAACAGUUUCUUGGGAAAAGCCGACAUGGCUUAUACGGAGACAACGUGGAGGAGAUGGAUUGGCUCGUAGGUGAAAUUCUGAAGGCCAUCGAAGAAAACAAUUUGAAAAACACGACAUUCACCUAUUUUACCUCUGAUCAUGGAGGACAUUUGGAGGCAAGAGAUGAGCAUGGCCAACUUGGGGGAUGGAAUGGAAUAUACAGAGGUGGUAAAGGCAUGGGUGGCUGGGAAGGCGGCAUCCGGGUCCCGGGGAUAGUCCGCUGGUCCGGGGUGCUGCAGGCUGGCCGAGUGAUCCAGGAGCCCACCAGCCUGAUGGACGUGUUCCCCACCGUGGUCCAGCUGGGGGGCGGCGAGGUGCCCCAGGACAGGGUGAUCGACGGCCGCAGCCUGGUGCCCCUGCUGCAGGGAGCUGCUGAGCCCUCGGCACACGAGUUCCUAUUUCAUUACUGUGGGAAGCAUCUCCACGCAGCACGCUGGUAUGACAAGGACAGCGGAAGACUGUGGAAGGUCCAUUAUGUGACACCGCGCUUCCAGCCCGAGGGAGCAGGGGCCUGCCACGGCCGAGGCGUGUGCCCCUGCUCUGGGGACGGCGUGAUCCAGCACCACCCGCCCUUGCUGUUUGACCUCUCCAGGGACCCCUCCGAGGCACAGCCCCUGUCCCCCGGCUCCGAGCCCCUGUUCUACGCGGUGGUGCUGAGGGUGGGCGAGGCUGUGGAGGAGCACAGGAGGACCCUGACUGCUGUGCCCCCCCAGUUUUCCCUGAGCAACAUCGUGUGGAAACCGUGGCUGCAGCCGUGCUGUGGGACUUUCCCCUUUUGCUCGUGCAGCCAGGAUGGACACCACAGCGCGACGUGACCUCACUCAUUCCAGGAUGGGGGUCCUCAAGCAGGUGUUCACGAGACUGUGAAGCAAAGGGACCCCUCACGCACUGUUUGGUGGGACUGUAAAUUCCCUUACAGGACCAAUAAGUUCUGGGUCUCGUGUACAGCAUGGUGGUGGUGGUGGUGAACAGGUUGGACAGUGGCCAAGAGAGUGGAUCGCAAGUUCUCAGCACUUGGGAUGGAUGCACGUGUCCAUUCACUUGAUUGUGACCAUUCUUUCUUGAUGUGUACGUCUAUCCAAUCCUCAUGUCGCACACCUGAAAUAAAUGCAGUUUUAUUUGUCAAUUAUA